AUGCCCUUUAUGAAGAAGGCUACCUUGUGGAGUUUAAGAGAUGGGGAAACAACAGGGUUCUGGACUCACCCAUGGAUCUCCUGUGAACUAAUUCUGAAAGAGCAUGCACUAAAAGCACUGACAGAGGAAGAGCUGGCAGCAUCAGUGGCUAGCUGGGUGGAUGGCUCAGGUGAGUGGGACUGGACCAGGAUGAGAUCUUACCUCCCUAAUGAUGUCAUUGAUCUUAUUGCAGGCACUGAAGCUCCAAAACCAGGGCUAGGAGAGGACAAGACAAUCUGGGGAAUUGAGAGGGACGGAAGGUUCAGACUCAAGUCUGCCUACCUUCUUGUGACUGGGGAAAACGAGGAUCCACCACUGCAGACUUGGAAGGAUCUCUGGAAAUGGAGAGGCCCUAGUCGGAUCAAGCAUUUCUUAUGGCUAGCAAGCCACAAUAGACUGCUUACCAACAAGGAGAGGGAGAAGAGGAAGCUGACUGUGGAUGGCUGCUGCAACUUCUGUAGAAUAGCUGAUGAAACCACAGAGCACAUCCUCAGAUCCUGUAAUAAGACAGCUGGGGUUUGGAAAUUCUUUGGUAACAAGCUUACGGUUGAAGACAAGAACCUGAACUUCCAGGAAUGGCUGCAUAGGAAUAUGAUGGACCCUGAGAAAGGUGUGGACUUCGGCAUCAUCUGUUGGAGUCUAUGGAAGCAAAGGAACGAGGAAGUGAUGGAUGGGAAGAGGUUCUGUGAAGAAGGACUUAUCCAUAGAAUCACAGCAUGGAUCAAUAUUUAUUGUCGGGCCACUUUGAAUGCCCAGAAGAGCUUAAUGUCACCCAAAGCCACCAAGACAAGUCAUGAGAUUGCUUGGAAACCUCCUAGAGAGGGAUGGAUUCAGGUCCAAUCAGAUGGAUCUGUCCUUCAACCUUCUGGAAGUGCUGCUGCAGGUGGGCUGCUGAGAGAUCACAUUGGAAGAUGUAUGGGGGCGUUUACUUGCAAUCUCGGGAAGUGUUCUAUCACCAGGGCGGAGCUGAAGGGUGCAGCAGAGGGUCUGGAACUUGCUUGGAAGCUUAGCUACAGAAAUGUUGAGCUGAAUGUGGACUCUAGAACAGCGUUGGAUAUCAUAAAAAAUAGAGAUCGUACUGAUCACUGUCACGGGCUGCUUGCAAAGCAGUUUAAUAGCUUACUUUUGAGGGAGUUGACUGUUGAAUUCAAUCAUGUUUAUCGUGAGCCCCUCGACCGGAUGCUGACGUACCGACUUGGGUGUCCGGAGAGUGAUGGGAGAUUUCAAGCUGGUUCUGCUUACACUAUUGCCACCAGCUUCGACGAGGAACAAAAAGAGGAACCGGUGGAGGAAGAUAUGGAGAUGGAGGGGCCCGACUCGAGUGUCCCAUUUCCUUUGGUUGGCGUACACGGAGCGGCUCCUCACGAAUCAGGACAGAGUCCGACGACACCUGGCUUCAUCCUCCACAUGCAGCAUUUUGCAAAGAUCACCCCGAAACGGUCCAGCAUGUGUUGCGGGACUGAUUGGAUCUCUUCCAACCUUGACAAGGAGAAUUUUAAACUCGAGUUCGGCCUUGUGUGCUGGUCUCUGUGGUGGACCAGAAACGAUCGAGUCUUCGCAGACAAGAUUGUUCCAGUUGAAGUUUUCUACCAGCGCGUUGUGGCAUGA